AUGGACCACCUUGUAGACUUAAAGGCGAGGGUCAAGGCCUAUCGUCUCGUCGCCUACGCAGCUGUCGCAUUCUCAGCUAUCGCAGUACUCUCUGUUUCUAUCACAUUGCCUUUAGUCUAUAAAUACGUACACCAUGUGAAGACAAACAUGCACAAUGAGAUUGUUUUAUGCCGUGGAUCAGCUCAAGAUAUUUGGUCGGAGGUGCGCGAACUGAGAACCGCCACACAACCAAAAAACAGAACAUCCCGACAGGCAUACCGUUUCCCUCAAGGAGCUGGAGCUCAACCUGCUGGCUCAUACCGUCGUGAGCCGUUCCCAGGCGGUGGAGCCCAACCUUCUGAUACAUACCAUGAGCCCCCAGGAGUGUUUGAUUUGGUUCGAUCGAUUGCUCUGCUUCGUCAUUCAUCAGCCGCUGUGAUUUUCGUUCCUGCACAUUGCUUCCUUUUGUGCAUUUGCGAAGCCUCCCGCAACUCAGGUAGCGCCAGCAAUCGCCAUACUGUUCUCGGAGGGACUCAGCGUUACCAUUAG